CCUCUCUCUCACUUUUUGCUUCUCCUAACAGUCUUCGAAAAUCAAAAUACUCUUUUUUUUUUCUUCUCUAAUAUCUAUUCAGAAGGUCCAUGGCGUCGAACAAUGGCAUCCCCAGCACCGGCAACGGCCUCAUCGUCAGCUUCGGCGAGAUGCUAAUCGACUUCGUCCCCACCGUCUCCGGCGUGUCCCUGGCGGAGGCACCAGGUUUCAUCAAAGCCCCCGGCGGUGCCCCCGCCAACAUGGCCAUCGCCGUAGCCAGGCUCGGCGGCAAAGCCGCCUUUGUCGGAAAGCUCGGCGACGACGAGUUCGGUCACAUGUUGGCCGGGAUCUUGAAGGAGAACGGUGUCCGCGCCGACGGCAUUACAUUCGACGAAGGCGCACGCACUGCUUUGGCCUUCGUGACCCUACGCGCCGACGGAGAGCGUGAGUUCAUGUUCUACAGAAACCCAAGCGCUGACAUGCUCCUCAAGCCCGAAGAGCUCAACCUCGAACUCAUCAGAUCUGCAAAGGUAUUCCAUUUUGGUUCGAUAAGCUUGAUCGUGGAGCCAUGCAGAUCGGCACAUCUAAAGGCAAUGGAAGUUGCCAAAGAGGCUGGUUGCUUGCUUUCCUAUGAUCCAAACCUCCGUCUACCACUGUGGCCCUCGGCGGAGGAAGCCCGUCUGCAAAUAAUGAGCAUAUGGGAAAAGGCUGAUUUGAUCAAGGUCAGUGAUGUUGAGCUUGAGUUCCUCACAGGAAGUGACAAAAUUGAUGAUGCUUCUGCUAUGUCAUUGUGGCACCCCAAUUUGAAGUUACUCCUUGUCACUCUUGGUGAACAUGGUUCCAGAUACUACACCAAGAAUUUCCAUGGAUCAGUAGACGCUUACCAUGUCAAUGCUGUUGAUACAACUGGCGCCGGUGAUUCCUUUGUUGGUGCUCUAUUGUCCAAGAUUGUUGAUGAUCAAUCCAUACUUGAAGAUGAACCAAGGUUGAGAGAAGUACUCAAGUUUGCAAAUGCAUGCGGAGCAAUUACAACUACUAAAAAGGGAGCAAUCCCCGCCCUUCCCAAAGAGGCUGAUGUGCUGAAACUGAUCAAGGGGGCAUAGAAUCUUUUUAUGAGAUUACUAGCAUGAUUUCCGUGGAGUUGCUGGCUAUUAAUUUUGGAGGGAAUUGUCUCUUGGUUUUCUUUGUUUCUUUUCUUUUUUUCACCCGUUUUCUGCAUUGACCGAAGGAUAAUGUGCUUUCAGGUUUUGCCAAAUAAUGUUUUUUUUUUCAAGUUCUGAGAUUAGUUGUUGAAUGAAAUUUGGAUUCAUAAAUUACACAAGUAUUAUUCGAGUUU